GGGGGAGGGUCACGUGUGUACACAGUGCGGGGCUCAGCAGCACUCCAGCAGUAGUAAAGUCUCUAACGGUCGGCCCACUUUUUUCCAGCCUCGUCCGAAAAGUUGCUGUCUGAGGAGCGUUUCAGCCAAAACCCACCGAAACGCUCCUUUUUGCUAAUUUCUUUACGCUUCACGAGCGCUCGGAGAGCCGAAGAGACGUUUUUGUUAAUGCGUAUUUUCUCCCAAAUGAAACGACUGAGAAAUGCCAGUGGAAAUGCUACAUCCAUACCCAAUGCCUCCGUAGGUUUGCCUCCGCUCCAAACCUAUACAUUUGUGUCGACCUGUUGAGAGUGCUUGACCAGUGUCAGAUUCCAGCGAUGUGGAUCUGCAUGGUUUACAAUGAGACGGACACCAAUGUGGACUUCCGGCUCUGCCAGGACUUUGGCCUCAUCCUGUCAGUCGUCUCGCUCAUCUACCUCCUGGUGUGCUUCCCAUUGGGGCUGUGCUACAAUGUGCUGCUGGUCGUGGUGAACCUUUCCAACAAGGUGUCCAUGACCAUGCCGGAUGUCUAUUUUGUCAACAUGGCCAUUGCGGGUCUUGUGCUUAACCUGGUGGCGCCCGUGGAGCUCCUGAGCUCCACCUUCACCCGCUGGCAUGCGUGGGAGUACAACAACGAGGUCUACAUCACCCUGCUCAUCCUCUUCAACAUCUCAUCUCUGGUCAUCAUGUAUUCCACCACACUGCUCAGUCUGGACUAUUAUAUAGAGCGGGCGCUGCCUCGUACAUACAUGUCCAGUGUGUAUAACACAAAACAUGUGUGUGGGUUCAUCUGGGGUGGUGCAGUGCUCACUAGCUUCUCUUCACUGCUCUUCUAUGUGUGCAACCACAUCUCCACUAAAAUGGUUGAGUGCUCUAAAAUGCAAAACAAGGAGGCAGCAGACGCCAUCAUGAUGUUUAUUGGCUACGUGGUUCCAGCUGUGGCUGUUCUUUAUGCUUUUGUGCUCAUUUUGCGCAUUAGGAAAGAAUCCACACCUCUGGAUCAAGACUCUGCUCGCUUGGACCCUUCUAUUCACAGGUUGCUGCUAGCUUCAGUCUGUGUACAGUUUGUACUGUGGACCCCAUACUAUAUGACCCUUUUGGUGCACACUGUAGCCGGUGCACCAGGGUAUAUUAACAAUGCACAUUACUUACCUACCUAUUAUUUCUUGAGGUGCUUGUCUAAACUGCUGGCUUUCUCUAGCAGCUUUGCAAUGCCUCUCAUGUACAGGCAAAUGAACAAAAACUUCUCCAACAAGCUUCAGCGGCUGCUCAGGAGGCUGCAUUGCAGAGAUCAGUCUUGCCCUCAUGAACGCUCAACAGUGCAGCAAGUGGUGACGUGAGAUCGCCCCUGGGAGAUCACAGAUGCCCCUCCUAUUUCCACCUCUUGGCCUAGCCAGCACUUAUCUCCACCCCCUAUAGAGCCAGUGUCUGACUGUGCUUCCUCACUGCUCUGGACUGUGUUAAGAGCGACAUAGCUAACUGGAAUUUCCUGUCACCUUCCAGAACUUGAUCUGAUCUAUCCAGUUCUGCAGUGGGAAGACAAACCAAGCAAAAACCACUAAGUGCUGCUUUUUUGUCACUGAGUAAAGCUCUCCAACAAGACACUUUGGGCUUCUAGUUCAAGGGUGGUGAAUUUGGCACAAUCAUUAAAUAACUACCCAGUGCGGUGUUUUUUUUAGAGUUCCCCACAGACACUUACAAAAUAGCUUGUUAGAAAGGGACUUCCAAGCACUAUACAAAUGUAGUUAGCGUGGUUUGUGUUGUGAAUGCUCUGCAGACAGCCUGCAAGUUUGACUAAUGCAUGAGUGUCUAAAUUUCCAGUCUCUUUAUUCUAUGAUGUGACUUAUUUUUAAGCCUUUAUGGUGUUGCAGCAUGAUGCUUUCCCCCAACACACAAGCAGAACCAAUAAGCUAUAAACUUUAAUUAUCAAGUGAAGCCAAGUUAUUUUAUGCUAAACAUAGCACUCUACACCCCUGCACUUAUCAGCAACCCACCACAGCUAAUGAACAUUGCAUGUCAAACCUCCAAACCAGCAUUUUGCUCUGUCAGUGAAUAUCACUGUCAACUACCCUCAAACUAGAAGCCAUGGUCACUUGAAUUACUAGACAGUUCAGCUUAAUUUUCCUUUUGUUCAGAUGUGUUGUGAGUGAUUCCUCAUUAUCAGCUUAAAUAAUCUUCACAUUUUAAAGGUGGAGUACAAUAACAAUUGUCUCUUACAGACACUGUAGCUAUUUUCUUUAUCAGUGCCAGUACUGUCCUGUAACUAGAAGUAGGCACUGGUGUGAAGAUAUGUUCUCAUUUCACUUACAGAUUGUGCUCUGAGGUUUUGAUCCACUCACACGCACGAUGACGGGAUUAUUUUUACACGUGUAAAGCUCCACAACAGACUUCCUCAAAUAGAAAUAUAUGUCACUAUACCACUUUGAAGUCACACAAAACAAAAUGAAAUGCUCAUACAAAGCAAGUAUUCAGGUUUUCAGACAUAAUCGGUAUACCUCUUCUUAUUAUCUCUGCUGAAAUAACAUUACUUGUUCACCACACGCAGUUCAAAUCAACCCUUAACAAUUAACUUAUGUGAUUUUUUUUAUUAAGCUGCAUUUUACUUCUGCAGGAGGUAUGCAUGCAGAGCCUCACAUAGGGUCAGUGAAGUUCACACAGGGUCACAGAGAGGACCCUGAGGAGGUGGCAUGUACAUUCCCUAAAUUUUAUGAGCACUCAUGAAUAGCUGGGAGGUUUUGUCCAGUGAAAAUAUGACGACUUACUGAGUCACUUCAGAGGCAAUAUCAUAAACCUGCUUGAAAAUAUGAAAGGCUCGCCUACCGAGCACCUGUACACAGUGUGUUUGACACAGAAGAAUUUGAACUGUAAUGCUGCUCAGAUGUAGUAAAGCGAUUUGCACAUUGUUGGCAAAGCUGCUUUGCUUUCUUGCUCCUUAAAAAAUGAACAGACUAUUCUUGUAGUGAUGAACCCCAGUUAUAUAUUGCAAAAUGAAAACUUGUCCUUGCAUAAGAUCUGUUGCAAUGCUGCAUUAGUUUAUUUUUUUAUUUGCUUUCUGAAUGAGAGGGCCAGUUUAUCAAUCACCGUGUGGACAGAUACACCAGUGAAGUGGGGCAUUCGCUUAGAGAGAAAUUAAUUCACUUGUGUUUGUGGACAGUUUUAAUUUACAUCUUCAAAUAAGUAAUUCUGUAUAAAUGACACCCUACUAAAAGUAUUGGACUAUUUCCACGAGUGUGCUUUCACUAAAAAUGUCAAGGAUUGCUACAUGUACUAAUAAUGAUAUGAUGUCUUUCAUUAUUAAGAUUAUAACGUAGUUGCAUAAACACAUUCUGUGUUUUUUCCUGUACUAGAAAUAUGUUGUGUCUACAGUUGAGGCAUGAAUCAGUGUCCGACGUAUGAUUUUUUCUCUACAGAACUCCACAUGCUUUACAUGCAUCUGCCAUCAAUCAGUAGGAAAUAUUUUCAACUGAGAAAGUACGUUUGCAUUUUGUGCCUCAGUAUGUGCUGCCCCAUUCAGAUCUUGCUCAUAUUGUGACACAGUUAAUCAUUAUUUGAGCUUAGUUCAAAGUCCUAAUGCUUACUGUUCAUCUAGGAAUGAAAAGGCAACAGUGGUACAUGAUUAGAGGAUUGUUUGAAACAAAACUUGUGACGAUAUGAUGGAGGAAAUUUAAGCAACAUUCCUAAAAUGGUGUUCGUUUUCAGCCCCUAAUUGGUGCGCUAGAUAUUGAAAGAGGCUCCGAUUAAAAGUUUAACUAUUCAAUCACUUCAUUCAAUUACACUGAAACAUGAAGUGAGUAACAGAAUUUUUCCCAUUUUUUCAUUAUAGGACACUUGCACAUGAUUUCAUUGGUAUUGUUUUGCAGUAAAUCUGAAUAUAAUACCAGUUUUUCUAUGAAACAAUAUCCAGAUCCAUGUGUUAUUUUGAUUUUAUAAAAUCGUUUGGAAGUUUUAAAUUGCAAACUGGAUCUGAAUCUGCAUAAAAUGACACAAAAUGAAUGACAAUCAUAGCCUAAAUAAGAUGAUUAGUUAACCGCACCAUGUUGCUGAAAACCCACCUUUAAGCAGAACACCGUCAAGUUUGCUUGGAGCUGAUUUGUGUAUGUGUCAUCUAAAGUUAGCCGCAAUUACACACAGAAGUUCUGACUUUAAUCGCCAGGAACUGAUUAGUUUUCCUUAGCCAUUGCCACAACUCCAUCCAUUAAGCUGUUUUGGAACUAUCUAGCUCAGAGACAGGACCUAACUAACUUCUUGGCAGAUGUGAUAUUUGCAAUCGCCACGUGGACUUGAUGUUCACGACUGGAAAAUACAGCACCGUCAGAGCUCUAAAUCACACCUAAACUCAGUCUGAUUUUGGUUUAGUAUUUCAGAGGGCCCUAAAUGUCACAACAAUGCAAAGACAUUCUAAUCUUGGAAUUCACUUAAUAGCUGAAACAGGCCGAGUGUAAAAACGCCUUCUCGUGUGUCGAAUGUAUACAGAUACAUUUUAGCUUUUCGAACAGCAAAACCUCAAAAGUUCAGAUGAAUCCACUUUGGGAUAUGAUGCUUUUGUGACUGUGUAUACAAGUGCAUAUGUAUGAUAUGAAAUAUUCUGUAUAUAUUGUAUGUGAAAGAUUUACAGGAAGAUACCAUUCAAAAGUACAGUAUUAAUUUCUGAGAGAUAUAUUUAGAUUCUGUAAGUAAUUACUGUCAGCUGAGUCAAAGACUGAUUGAACAAUAAACUAACAUGAAUGAGA